AUGGGCCCUGUGCAGCUCUUGCUGCUCUCGCUGCUGCUCAGCAGUGGUGUUCUCACACAAGAAGAAACGCCUGAAAGUGGAAAUCCAGGAUGUUCAAAAGAUGCAACCAGAUUUAAACACCUCAGGAAAUAUGUUUACUUAUAUGAAGCAGAAACAUCAAAUGGGAUCACAGGAACAGCAGAUUCUCGAAGUGGUUCAAAGAUCACUNUUCAGGUUGAACUGGAGGUACCACAGCUGUGCCACUUCAUCCUGAGGACAAUGCAUUGCUCCCUGAGGGAGACUUUUGGUGUCGACUCUGAGGGAAGGGCCAUGCUGAAAAAGUCAAAGAACUCUGAAGACUUUGCAAAUGCCAUGUCCAAACAUGAGCUAAAAUUCAGCAUGCAGGAUGGAACAAAAGUCAAGCUGUAUCCAGAGAAGGAUGAACCUCUGAAUGUACUGAAUCUCAAGAGAGGGAUCAUCUCAGCUCUACUUGUGCCAACAGAAACAGUAGAAAACGUAAAAACAAUUUCCAUGGAUACUGUAUAUGGAAAGUGUGACAGUGAAGUUGAAUUCAAAUCUAGAAAAGGAAAUGUUGCAGAAGAUAUUUCAAUUAACAGGGACCUGAAAGCCUGUGACAACUUCAGUCCCAUCAGAGAUUAUGUCAGCCCUAUUGCCAUUGUAAAGGGAUUAAACGUCCCAUUAUCUACCCUUCUAAGAAGCACUCAAUUCUGUCAUUACAAUAUUGAUGCAAAGAAAAGGCAUAUAAGGGAUGCUGUCUGCAGUGAAAAACACUUGUUUCUGCCUUCCUCAUACAAAAAUCGCUAUGGUGUGAUGACAGAGGUCAACCAGACACUGAAGCUUGAAGAUACCCCGAAAAUCAAUAACAGAAAUUUUGAUGGAGAUGAACUGGAAGAGAAAGGACUUGCACUAGAAAGUACAGAUGCCAAAUUUCCUAGGCAGGGGGAUUCUGUUCUGAAAAUCCUUCAGGAACUGCAGAAACUUACAGCCUCCCAGCAGAACCAGCAGAGAGCAAGGCUCUUUUACAAAUUUGUUUCUGGACUUAGAAGUUUACAUAACACCACUCUUGGCUCUCUUGUACCCAAGAUGAUGGAAACUUCAAGUUCCAUCACAGUUCAAGCCCUGACUCAGUGCGGGACUCCAGAGUGCUACGGUGCAGUCCUUCAAAUACUGAGAACUGGAAAUGUGAAUCCACUUGUGGUAGAUCUGGUCACAUAUACCCUGGGACUAUUACCUUCUCCAACACCAAAAAGAAUACGGGAAAUUCUUAACAUGGCCCAGUAUCAGCCAAGUAGAGCUUCUUUCUAUGGCUUGAGUCAUUCUGUUACUAAGUUCUACAAUGAGAAGAUGAUUGUGACAGAGGAAAUAACAGACGUUGCAGACUUCAUGGUAUCACUGCUUGGCACUGAUUGCUCUGGGGAAGAUGAACUCACAUACCUCACACUUCGGGCUAUUGGAAACAUGGGUGCAGUAAUGGAGAAAGCUAAACCCAACCUGAAAUCUUUCCUUAAGACAUGUAUCAGAAGUGAAGCUGCAUCACUUUCAGUUCAGAAAGCAGCCAUCCAGGCAUUCAGGAAAAUGACUAUUACUGAAGAGGAUCGUUCAGCACUUCUGAAAGCUUUCCAAGAAGGAGAUGCACCUACAGACAAACGUCUAGCUGCAUAUCUCAUACUGAUGAAAGAUCCUUCCCCAAGUGAUCUCGCAAAGAUUUUGAGAGUCCUCACAAAGGAGAAGAAUGAGCAAGUGAAAAGCUUUGUUGCCUCACACAUUGCCAACAUCCUAGACUCUGAAGAAGUAGGCAUUGAAGAUCUAAAAAGCCGAGUUGAAGAAGCUCUGAAAGGAAACCAGGUUCCAACAGCCAAAGAUUUCAGAAAAUUUUCACAAAAUUAUCAGAUUUCCAAAAGAGUUUCUGUACCUGGAGUUGAUCCUGUCUCUGCCAAAGUAGAGGGAAAUGUGGUAUUUGAUCCGAACAGCUAUGUUCCUAAAGAGACUAUGCUGAAAACCACCCUGAAUGUGUAUGGAUUUGGUCCAAGCGAUAUCUUUGAGCUUGGCUUGGAUGGAAAGGGGUUUGAACCAACACUGGAAGCUUUGUUUGGAGAGAAGGGAUUUUUCCCAGACACCGCAAGCAAGGCCUUGUACUGGGUUGACGGCAGAGUGCCAAAGCAGGUUUCCAAGGCGCUUUUUGACUACUUCGGUUACUCCCAGGAUGACAAGCAGGAUCAGGAUCUCAUGAAAGGAAUAAUGCUUAACCUUGAAAAACUGAUAAAAGAAUUGGUCAACAAGGAAGCUCCUGAAGGAAAAGCAUAUCUGAGAAUCCUGGGAGAAGAACUUGGGUACAUGAAACUCAAUGAUUUCAAAUUGCUGGGAAGCAUGAUUUUAAAGAGCAUUAAAACUCUUCAGACUAUUCCCGAAACGAUUGCACAAGCCAUCUCAAAAGGUGUUGACAGGGAUUUAUUUGUCCACUACAUGUUCAUGGACAAUGAGUUUGAGCUUCCAACUGGAGCAGGUUUACAACUGAAGUUUGCCUUGUCUGGAAUAGCGACACCUGGAGCCAAAGUAGCUGUAAAGCUUCAUCAAAAAACUAUGCAAGCAGAACUCAUUGCUAAACCUUCAGUAGCAAUUGAGUUUGUAACACACCUGGGAAUAAACAUGCCUGAAUUUGCUAGAAGUGGUGUGGAGAUGAAUUCUAAUAUAUUCCAUGAGUCUGGAAUUGAAGCACAUGUGAGUAUGAAAGCUGGACAUCUGAAAUUCAGCAUUCCUGAUCCGAAGACUCCCACAAAGCUCCUCAGUAUCAGCAAUACUCUACAUUUAGUGUCUCCAGCCAAAACUGAAGAGAUUCCACCUCUGAUCGAGAAUCGAGAAACCUGGACAUCUUGCAAGCCUUUCAUUGCUGGUCUAAAUUACUGCACCAAAUUACUGUACUCUAAUGCCAGUGCCACAGAGGCAGCUCCAUAUUAUCCCUUGACUGGAGAAUCCAGAUUUGAAGUUGAAAUAGUGUCCACAGGUGAAGUGAAGGAAUACUCCGCAAGUGCAAACUAUGACCUGCAGAGAGAGGGAAAUGACCUGAUAGACACCUUAAAAUUUGCUGUCCAGGCAGAAGGCGUAAAGCAACAUGAGGCUACAUUGACCUUCAGGUACAACAGAGACAGAAAGAUUUUGACCAGUGAUGUCCACGUUCCAGAUGUUGAUGUUGACUUUGGUACAAACUUCAGAAUUACUGAUGAAUCCAUUUCUGGGAAGAAAGCAUAUACUUUUGUCUUAGACUUUAACAACAAGAAGAUUUCUGAAGUUACUCUUACUGGCCAGAUAAGAUAUGCUGGAAUGGAAGAGGCCAUGUUAAGUGGCACCAUUUCUAUUCCCCGCCUGCAAACUGAACUUAGAACUGAAGCAUUGGUUAAUUAUUCACCAACCAAAGGAUAUCUUCAGAUGAGCACAGCUGCAACAACUCAUGGAAACUCAGUUUCAGAAAGAGUUCUUCUCAGAUAUGAUUCAGAGAAAGUUGAGCUAGAGUGGAAUUCAGGCGCCAGUGCUGCUGUGAAAAAGAUGUCCUCUGGCUUCUCAGUUGACUUUUCAGACUACCCAAAAGCUUUAGAGAAGCACGCCAACGAACUGCUGGAUCGGAAAGUGGCUCACACAGAUAUGACACUGCGACAUAUUGUGUCACAAUUUAUCGUGGCAACCAACACCUGGCUGCAAAAGGCAUCAAAAGAUGUCCCCUAUGCCCAGACUCUGCAAGACAAACUAAGUGGACUGCAGGAACUGAACAUUCAGAAAAUUAACCUGCCUGUUAUUACCAUUCCUGAAGAACUUUUCCUGAAAAGUGAAGGCCGGAUCAGAUACAUCUUAAAUAAACACAGCUUUCUAAUUAAUAUCCCGUUGCCAUUUGGUGGAAGAUCAUCCCAUGACAUAAGAGUGCCACAGACUGUUAAAACACCUCCUCUGGUAAUGGAGUCAAUGGGAAUAAGUGUGCCAUCUCAGGAAUACAGAAUCCCGACAUUUACUGUUCCAGAAUCCUAUCCUCUUCGUGUGCCUUUGCUUGGCACUUUAGAGGUCUCUGCUAAUGUCUACAGCAACUAUUACAACUGGACAGCAGCAUACACUUUGGCUAACAGCACCACAGAGAAAGCAUCCAGCAUAAAGACUACUUAUAACACGAACGCUGAUUCAGUUUUUGAGCUACUUUCCUACAGUGUGAAGGGUUCUGGAGAAGCAUCAUAUAAUAGAAAUGGAUUCACCUGUGCAUAUGAAAAUCACCUGAAGCACAGACUCUUAACAUCAGUUUUUAAGUUGGCCAGGACAAAGACUUAUGAACCUAGUCCAGUUGCAAACUACACUGUAUCACUUACAGCAUCCAGUACUCUGGGUCCUCAGCUUUCCUUUUCUGGUGAUAUUGUUUCUGAAAAGACGAAUAACGUGAAUAUCAAUAAUGUCAAGAUGGAAGGGCAGCUGGAAGUGGCUUCUGUCUUUGCAAGAAGCAUUUACACUCUGUCAAGCUCAUACAAUGAAAAGAGACGGGUUUUAGAAGGAAAAUCAAAUCUGAAGUUGGAUUCUUCUUACCUUCAGGCUACCAACCAGAUAUCCAGCAGAUACAGUGAUGAUUUAUUUUCCAUUACUUCAGUUUCUGAUGUACAAAGUGGACUAUUAAAGAACACAGCUUCACUAAAGUAUGAAAACAGCCAGCUGAAAAUGACAUCUGAAACAAAUGGGAGGUAUCGACAUAUUGCAGGUGUCAAUAAGCUUGAAUUAAUUUUGUCAAAGAAGAUGGCAGCACUUCGAUCUGAGUACCAAGCCACUAACAAGCAAACCCAGUAUUAUGCCUUGUUUGCAGGUUCUCUCAAUUCCCAGGAUCUUGUUUUCAACUCUGAUAUCUCUAUGACUGAUCAAAAGAAUCGAGCUGCACAUAAGUCAUCCCUCAAUGUAAAUCAGUACGGUCUAGCCAGCAGCGCAACCACAAAUGUGCAGUUUAGUCCGUUGACAAUGCAGAGCGAAAUGAAUGCCAAACUUGAUACUGCUGGAGGCUCCAUGUCACUAUCCUCUUCUGGGCGCUAUGGUAAAAACAAUGCAAAAUUCAAUCUAGGUGGAAGAGUGAGCCUAACAGAAAUAACGCUGGGAAGUGAAUAUCAGAGUACAGUUCUGGGUAUGGACAACAAGCAUGUUUUAAACUUCAGAGUUAAUAGAGAAGGACUCAAGUUUUCAAAUAAUUUGCAAGGAUCGUUCAAAGAGAUUAAGUUGGAGUACACAAAUGACUUGAAUAUUCCUGGAUUAUCUUUAACAUUUGCUUCGAAGUUAGACAACAGCUUCAGCUUUGACAAGUUCCACAAGCAUGUUUUUGAUCUACAACUGCAGCCUAGCUCACUCACAGCUAAACUGAGCAAUAACAUUAAAUACACUAAAGCAGAAGUUUCCAACAAAGCAGAACUGCUUCUCGAGCCUCUGAAGCUGAACUUGGGAGGCAAUGUCAGAGGAGCCUAUGGAGCAGAUGAAAUAAGGCAUACCUACACCAUUACAUAUGCUGAGCUAGCUGCAAACUUUAAAACAGAUACCGUCGCAAAUGUUCAAGGCGCAGCAGUGAGUCACAGAGUUAAUAUGAAUGUGGCAGGACUUGCUUCCUCAGUUACUAUGAACACAAACUGUGAUUCUAAAUCCCUCCGUUUCAGCAAUGCUGUGCGUUCCACUAUGGCCCCAUUUGCUAUCACCGCUGACAUACAUACCAAUGCUAACGGAAAACUGAUUGCUAUGGGUGAACACACAGGAGACCUUUACAGCAAAUUCCUCUUUAAAGCAGAGCCUCUUGCUUUCACUUUCUCCCAUGAUUACAGAGGAUCUACCAGUCAUAGCUUGAAGUCUAGAGGAAGAUACACUACCCUGCUUGAUAACAAAGUUCAUAUGCUUUUUACUCCAUCAGAGCAGUCAAGUGCUUGGAAAUUGAAAAGUCAGCUAAACAAUAAUGUAUAUUCACAAGAUCUCAGUGCUUACAAUGAUGCAGAAAAGACCGGUAUGGAACUUAGUGGAAAAGCUUUAGCAGAUCUCUCAGUAAUGGAUACAUCAGUCAUACUACCAUUCACAUCUGAAGAAGUUAAUUUAAUUGAUGUAUUGGGCCUCAGGGGUAGUGUGUCAGAGCUUCAAGAAUUCAGCCUCUCUGGCUUUGUGAAGUAUGACAAAAAUAAAGAUAUGCAUGUUAUUAACCUACCAUUCUUGGAACACUUGCCCGUUUACUUUGAACGAAUAAGAGGCACCAUUCUAUCCACGCUGCAGGCCAUACAAAGUUACCUGAAGAACAUCAACAUAGAACAACAUAUGAGAAAAUACAAGGCAACUUUGGAUAAACUCCCACAGAACAUUAAUGAUUACAUGGACAAAUUAGAUAUGAAAGGCAGAGUUAACAGCAUGAAAAAUAAUUUGAUUGCUUUCACAAAGGACUACAGAAUAACAUCUGAUGAUCUCCAAAUUAUGCUGGAAAAAGCCAUGGACAACCUUCAAGAAAUACUAUCUCAGCUGCAGGUCUAUCUGAUACAAAUUGAGCAAUAUAUCAAAGAUCAUUAUGAGCAGUAUGACAUUAAAGCACUUAUUGCACAGCUUCUUGAUCAAAUAGUUGAAACAAUGACAGCUCUAGAUAACAAAUAUAAGAUAAGAAUGACUGUAGUUGACACUAUUCAAAAAUUGCAAUUUUUUUUUCGACAAUAUUAUCCUAGCGAAAUUGGAAGCAGUACUUUGGCUUGGAUUAAAAAUGUAGAUGAUGAGUACAAGAUUACAGCUAGGAUACAGGAAAACCUAGAACAACUCAAGAUUCAGAUUCAGAAUAUUGAUGUCAGACGCAUUGCAGAAAAUUUGAAACAAAAGAUUAAAAUGUUUGAUGCUAAAGAAGUUUUAGAAAAAUUGAAGCUUUCAUUACCAAUUGAAAAAAUUACUGAAGUUCUUGAACAAAUCAAAGACUUUAUUCUAAAUUGGAUGGAGGAGUAUGAAGUAUCUGAGAAGAUCAGUGCUUUCCGAGGUCAUAUGCACAAACUGAUUGUAAAAUAUGAAAUUGAUAAGCAGGUCUAUUUUUUAAUGGACAGAAUGAUAGAACUGCUUAACCAGUACAGGAUAAAAGAAACUGUCCAGAAACUGACCAUCUACCUGAAAAAUAUUGAUGUGAAGUCAUGCUUUGAUAAAAUUGUUGCUUUUAUUGAUGAUGCUGUCAAGAAAGUGCAAACCUUUGAUUAUGAAACGAUGAUAAAGGAAGUCAACAAGUUCCUUGACAUGGUUAUUAAAAAGCUCAAGUCUUUUGACUAUAACCAAUUUGUUGAUGACACAAAUAACAAAAUCCGAGAAGUGACCCAGAAAAUAAAUGAGGAACUAAGAAAUUUAGAACUCCCACAGAAAGCAGAAGCACUGAAACAGUAUAUGAGAGAUUUUAGAGCUGUGAUUUCAAAAUACAUGGAACAACUAAGGGACACCAAGCUUGCUGCAAUAAUUAACUGGUUCAAGGAGCUUAUAAACUCAACAACAUUUGCUAAUCUCAAAGCCAAGGUGAAUGAACAUCUGGAAGACCUGCGAGAGAGGAUUUCUGAAAUGGAUAUUUCCCAGGAAUUCCAGUGGUUUCUUCAGAAGAUAAGCCAAUUCUACAAUUCUGUUGUCAUAUACAUUUCUGAUCAGUGGAACAUAGCUUCUAAUAAAAUCGUUGCUUUGGCUGAAGAAUAUGAUCUAAAAAAUUGGGCUGAAAAUUUAAACCAGUUUGUUGAAACAGGAUUUGUAGUCCCUGAAAUCAGAACUGUUAUAGUCACUAUACCUGCCUUUGAGGUUAGUCUCCGAAGUCUUCGGGAAGCAACAUUUCGAACACCAGACUUCAUUGUUCCACUGACUGAUCUGCAUGUCCCCUCCUAUGAGAUAAAUAUUAAGAGACUAAAGGACAUGAAAAUCCCAAUGAAAUUCACUACCCCAAAAUUUACAAUUCUAAAUACCUUUGAAGUUCCUUCCUAUACAAUUGACUUGAAUGAGAUAAAACUUCAGAUUGUGAGAACAAUAGACAAACUCAUGUCUGGUGAAUUUCAGUUGCCAGCAAUUGAUGUGUAUUUUAAAGAUCUAAAGAUGAGAGAUAUGCCUUUUUCCGACAUUUCUUUCCCAGAAAUACAGAUACCUCAGUUUCAAAUACCAGAAUUAUUGGUUCCAAAGCUAAAUCUAAAUGAGCUCCAGAUUCCUAACAUGAAGAUACCAGAGUUCCAGCUCCCACGUAUCCCGCAUGCUGUGUCUGUCCCUACAUUUGGCAAAUUGUCUGGUGCUUUCAGAGUCACCUCUCCAUUCUUUACACUGUCUACGCAAGCUGAGGUUCAUAAUACUACAACAUCUGCAAACAGUCCAGAAUUUGUGACCUCCCUUUCAGCUCAAACAACGUCCAAAUUAGACUUCCUGGUUUUUAGUGUUAUUGCAGAUUCACGUCUCUUGGCCCCUGAGAUGAAGCAGCUGAAUCUUAAAAAUUCCAUGAAGGUCAACCACAAGUUCCUUAAAGUUGAUCACUCCAAUGAAGUGGUAUUUUUAGGGACUUCAGUAGAAGGUGAAGCUGAAACUAGAGCAAACUUACAUACAAUGAAAAAUUCAAUAGAACUGCAGAAUAAUUUAAUGGUCAAGCUGCAAAGAAAAAUUUGGAUGCAGAGUGGAACAGCAUAUUCCCACAGGCUGAAUAUUCCACAAGUUGAUUUCUCCAGCCAGGCUGAUCUGAUCAAUAAUAUGACAACAGACGUAGAAGCAGGACACAUAUCAAUUACCUCCACUGGUAAAGGAAACUGGAAAUGGGCUUCUCCUAAUUUCUCCGAUGAAGGCACUCAUGAUUCACAUGCCACUUUCAGGGUUGAGGGCCCCAUUAUUACAUUUUCUGCCAACAACAGAAUAAAUGACAAGUACCUGAAAGUCAACCAAGCUAUGAGAUAUGAAUGUGGUUUCCUAAAUUAUGCAACACUUCAGCUUCAGUCUGAAAUUGAGUCACAGCGUGUGGGACGUAGUGUUCUGAAUGUAAAAGGCACAGGACAGCUUGGAGGAAUGAAAGUAGAAUUAACAGGCUCUCACAAUGCUCGGCUCAAUGGACGGAUUACUGGAACUGUAAAUAAUGAGGUUUCCUUCUUGGCACAGCCUUUCGAAAUUCGUCUAUUAACAAACAAUGAUGGAAAUGUGAAAAUCAGCUUCCCGAUGAAACUGACUGGCAAAAUUGACUUCCUGAAUAACUAUGGUUUUGCACUCAGUUUCUCUGUUCAGCAGUUCAGCUGGCAAGCUACUGGCAGGUUCAAUCAGUACAGAUAUUCCCAUAAUGUGUCCGCUGGCAACAACGAUGACAGAAUUGAAGCUCAUGUCCAAAUGAAUGGAGAUGCCAACCUGGACUUCCUAAAUAUUCCUCUAACCAUUCCUCAGCUGUGGGAACAGGUUGGCCUGAAGGAUUUAUUGAAGACAACAAGACAAUCCUUUGAUUUAAAUUUGAAUGCUCGGUAUGAGAAAAACAAAGAAAUGCAUGUAAUCCCACUUCCUUUGGCAACAGUGCAUGAAGCACUUAAUAAAUACAUCAUUUUCUUCAACAAGCAUUUUGAGAGAGGAAGAAACACUGCUUUAGAUUUUCUCACAAAGUCAUAUAAUGAAGCCAAAACAAAAUUUGACAAAUACAAAAUACAGACAUCUCUGAACAAACUACCAAGGACCUUCAGGAUUCCAGGAUACACCAUUCCAAUUGUGAACAUUGAGGUUUCUCCUUUUACUGCUGAGAUGCCAGCCUUUGGUUACAUGCUCCCAAAAGAAAUAAGCACAACAGGAUUCACAGUCCCAUUUAUUGGCUUUUCAGUACCGUCUUACACACUGGUCUUACCUUCUCUGGAGCUCCCAGUCCUUCAUGUCCCGCAGGAUCUACGCACUCUAAAGCUUCCUAGAUUCAAAAUCAACAGCCUGUCAAACCACAUCUUAAUUCCUGCCAUGGGAAACAUUACUUAUGACUUCUCAUUUAAAUCCAGUGUGAUCACUUUGACUGCAAAUGCCGGGCUGUUCAAUCAGUCAGAUAUUGCUGGGCAACUCAGUGUCUCAUCCUCUUCUGUCAUUGAUGCACUGCAAUUUAAGCUGGAUGGUUCAACGAGUUUGACAAGAAAAAGGGGGUUGAAGCUGGCCACAGAAUUGUCCCUGAGUAAUAACAAAUUUCUAGGAGGAAAUCACGACAGCACUAUUAGUCUCACAAGGAGGAACUUGGAAGCUUUAGUGGCAACAAAUGCAAAAAUCAACACACCAGUUUUAAAAAUUAAUUUCAGCCAAGAACUUUCUGGAAAUACUAAGUCUAAACCCACACUUUCCUCAGGACUAAAAUUAACGUAUGAUUUCAAUAUCCCUAAAUAUAGCACCAGUGCUAAGGGAGGAAUUGCUCACAAAUUUGCUUUAGAGAGCCUUACAUCUUACAUAUCCGUAGAAACUUCUACAAGUGGGAACAUUGAUGGAGUAUUUUACACUGGAAAUGCAUUUUCUGGAAGUCUAGACCAUGAGGCAAACACCUAUCUGAAUGCUAAUGGAGCUCGGUCAUCCCUCAAGCUUGAGGCCCACUCCCAAGCAGAUGGACUCUGGAACAGUGAAAUGAAGGAAAUACUUGCAGUUGAAGCAUCUACACGUCGUGUUUAUGCAGUCUGGGAGCACAAUGGGAAAAACUAUGCACGAUACACACCUCUCUUCACAACAACAGGGACUCAGAGAUGCAAAGCAACUGUAGAGCUUGCUCCUUGGGGUAUAUCAGCAGAUCUUCAGAUUCAAGCCACUCAGCCAAAUUCCUUCCUGGACACAGCCUCAGUUAAUCAAGUUGUCAUAGUGAAAAUCAGUACCACAAACCAGAAAGUUGGCUGGAAGGGUGAAGGCCAAAUUCAGUCAUUAUCUCUCAGUCAUGAUAUGCAGUUAUCAAAUGAAAAAUCAAAGGCAAAGUUUGCUAUUUCUGGAUCUUUGGAAGGAUACAUGGACUUCCUCAAAAACAUAAAGUGUCCCAUUGCUGAGAAGAGCUUAUGGGAUAUCUUGAAGUUGGAUGUCACUACCAGUGCUGACAGAAAGCAGUACUUAAAUGGUUCAGCAUCCCUCGUGUACACAAAGAGUGACGAUGGUUACUUUUUCCCCAUACCUGUGAAUAAGCUGACCGAUGGCUUCACUUUCAGUAUUCCUGAGUUACACCUAAAGGCUCCCAGCCCAGUUCUCAGCACUCCAGAGUUCAGGGUUCCUUUCACCACUCUCCAGGUCCCAGCAUACACCAUCGACUUGCGCAACAUAAAAAUUCCACAGACGCUAAAAACAAUGCCCUUUGAUGUCAAUUUACCCACACUGCCAAAACUAAGAUUCCCCAAAGUGGAUGUAGGAGCCAAUUAUAUUACAUUAGAAGAAUAUAAAAUACCAUAUUUUGAGGUGACAAUACCUGAACACCAAAUAACUGUGUCUCAAUUCACUCUUCCAAAGAGUAUUUCUCUUGGCAGUUUCCAUGUAGAUCUGGAUGAAGUAGCUAAUAAGAUUGCAGAUUUUGAUCUGCCUACAAUUACAAUUCCUGAACAGAAAAUUGAGAUCCCCCCUCUCAAAAUAUCCUUGCCUGCUGGAAUUUACAUCCCAUCAUUUGGUGCCUUAACUGGAUCUUUCAAAGUUGCUUCCCCUUUGUACAAUGUCACCUGGAGAACAGACUUAACAAACAAAAAGGACUCUUUCGAACAGUCCAUUGACUCUACCUGCAGCUCAACAUUACAGUUCCUGGAAUAUGACUUGAAUGUUGUUUCAAACUACAAAUAUGAAGAAGGCGUGUUUGUUGUGAAGACAACUGGCAGCUUUUCACAUCGUGACAUGAGCGCAAACUACAAGGAAGAUCUCACUAUUUCAGGAAUUAGAGUCAUGGACAACACUGCAUCACUAGAUAUCAUCAGCCCAACUUUUACAGACGUUCAUGUGCAUUAUCAAGAGACUGACAGGAGCUUAUCUGGCUCAGUAUCUUCACCCUCUGCUGGGACCUUGGGCUACAUCAUUGAAAUGGACACUGACAUUCUCACAGCGAAAGUUUACUACCGAACUCGGUCUGCUCCUCAGAAGGACAUUGACAUUUUAAAAAGUGAGAUAUCCUUCAAGAAACCUGACCUGAUUCAAAUGAAAUUCAACUGGAAAGAGGAUGCUGCCAAAGACUUGCUGCUGGGUCUGAAAGAAAAAGUACCUAAAAUGACAAAUGCAGCCUAUAGGUAUGUUAAUCGGUAUCAUAAGGAGCAUAUGGGACUGGAAAUUAGUGCUGCCACCUUAAAGAUUAAGAAUAUCAUGCAGAACAAUGCUGACAAAGCAUACGUAUUUGCUGUAAAACAAGUAGAUCAAAUAGAUGCUCAGCUUCGCACAGCUGCCAAUGAGGCCUCUGGCAAAUAUCAGGAGAUGAAGGUGAAAGCUAAACAGCUAUAUCAAAAAGCAGCAGAUCAAGCUGAACAGUUUGACUAUCAAAGAAUAAAAGCAAAGCUUUUGGAUGCUACAAUUGACAUAAUAGAAGAGUAUCACAAGAGAAUAAAACACCUAAUUGACUCAGCCAUUGAAUUCCUGAAGACCACAAAAUUCCAAGUCCCUGGGCUGCCUGAAAAGUACACUGGUGAAGAAAUAUACCUUAUGACUACAGAGAAGGUAGCAAAAAAUGCUGAUUUAUGCCUUUCAAAACUUCAGGAGUACUUUGAUGCCUUGAUUGCAGCAAUCAAUGAGCUCGAAGUCAGAGUUCCUGCUUCUGAAACGAUUCUUAGAGGCCGUAAUGUACUUGAUCAAAUUAAAGAAAUGCUGAGACAUUUGCAGGAAAAAAUCAGGCAGACAUUUGCUACUCUCCAGGAAGCUGACUUUGCUGGAAGGCUGAAGGAACUGAAACAAGUAGUCCAACAAGUUUUUCAGCGGGUAGAAGAAAUGGUUAGAAGCUUGCAAUCCAAAAAUUUUGAAGACAUCAAGGUCCAAACGCAACAGCUGUACAAAGAUGCAAUGGCUUCAGACUAUGUACAGAAACUGAGAUCUUUGGCAGAAGAUGUUAAAAAAUACAUUUCUCAGUUUAAAGACCUUAGCCAGAAGACAUUCCAGGACCUUUCAGAAAAGCUGCACCAGCUGCUCCUCUAUGUAAAGGCAUUGCGGGAGGAAUAUUUUGAUCCAACUACACUUGGAUGGUCAGUGAAAUACUAUGAGGUGGAAGACAAGGUACUAGGAUGGCUGAAGAAUCUAAUAGAUACGCUAGUGGAUUGGCAGAACAAGUACGUUGGCGAUCUUGCUGACUCGGUUACACGCCUGACAGACCAAGUGAGAGAGUUGGUGGAAAAGUACAGCCAGGAAUAUUAUGACCUUAUAACUGAUGUUGAAGGAAAAGGAAAACAGAAGGUCAUGGAGCUCUCAUCUGCUGCUCAGGAAAAAAUCCGAUAUUGGUCUGCAGCUGCCAAGAGGAAAAUCGAUGAACACAACAAGCAACUCAAAGAGAAACUCCAGGAGAUCUAUGGGCAGCUUAGUCAUUCCCAAGAAAAGCUAAUCAGUGAGGCCAGAAGGUUAAUUGAUCUAACUAUAGAAAAUUACUCUGCAUUUCUGCAGUAUAUCUCAGAGCUUCUUCGUUGGUUUGAGCAAAUGACAGCUGAGAGCAUAAAGCCAUAUAUUGCUGUUCGUCAAGGAGAGCUUAGAAUAGAUGUGCCCAAGCCAUUCGACUGGCAGUCCAUUUACCAAAUGCCCCAAAAAAGCCGAGAUGCACUCAGAAAAAAGGUGGAACUAACACGCACACUGAUUCAGCAAGGCAUUGAGCAAGGCUCCAGGAAAUGGGAAGAAAUGCAAAGAUUCAUUGAUGAACAACUUGCCACUGAGCAACUGAGUCUUCAGCAGAUUAUGGAAAAUAUACAGCAGCGCAUGAAGACCUGAAUGGACAUGCAGAAGAGGAGAAGUAAUAAGUUUGUACCGCAAUGUAUUUAAAAAUAGCAGCAAUCAGCAUACUGGAGCUUCAGGUAGAUACUGUUUGAAUAUGAAUUUGUAAAUGAAAACUGAAUAAUCUACACUAGGUUAUUUUAAUAAGCUUAAUAAGUCAAUAAAUGAGUUCUUUAUUACAUUUUUGUGUCAUUCAUUACAGCUGCUUUUACUUGGACCAUAGGGCCUAAUCCAACAAUUGUCAAGGUCAAUGGGAAGUCUUCGCUUUGAUUUCUCUGUAUGUUGGAUCAAGCCAAUAAUGUGCAAUACAUAUUGUAAAUAGUCACAAAAGCUAUGGAAUACAUAGAAUAAGCAGGUUUUAAGAUAAAGGUCACAUUUGUAAGCCAGUUGAAGAACAACGUGGAAACACAUCUAUUUCCCAGCAUAGAAAUACCUUCAUAGAUAAGUUUGGGAGAACAGAAGAGGAAAAGAGCAUGU